CAACACCUAACUUUUUUUAAAAAACAUGUCAAAUUAAAACAAGGCCAUAUAAAUCAAUUUAAAUGUGUGAUGUGUGCAUGUCACUUCCCUUAUUGCACCAGCAGGACCAGGGGAUACGACAAUGAUGGCGACUAUCGCUCAGGGCGUAAUAGCAACGGCUCAAUCGUAGGCGAAAAUGACGACUCUCGAAGGUCCGGCUCAGCACGACGGGACAGACGAUAUGAUCGCCGGUACCACAACACAGACGCCUUUGAUCCUCCUCCCGACGCAUUUCAAUGUGCCGCCAGCUAUUGUGGGUCCUUGAAACUAGCAAUAUGCAAGUCGAUCGAGGAUGCUUGCACAUUCUGGAGGAGACUGCGCAAUGACCGCUUUCAUUGGGAGCUCUUCAAAAGUGUUCUAUGGUUCACCAUAGGACUUAAGCUCUUCAAUGACAUAACCCGCCAUAUCAACAAUCAAAGAAAGCGCCGCUGCAAGCCAAAGCCCAAGAAAUGUUAAUCCAAUAGAAUUCAAAACUGUUACAUUAUAUUGAACUGUGACCAAUUUGUAGUACCGUAAAAUGGGGUGCAUAGGGAUCAAGAGGUGAAUGGAGACAGAAGAGGGGUGAAUAGAUAUUGGGAAAUU